CAGUCUGCCUAGCUGGCCUGCUGAAGGCCUGGGGCUAUCCUGCGCCGCGGACACUACAAUCUACACAGUGGCGGAAAAUCCACGAGAAAAAUCGACGACGGACACAGGAGAACCAUCACGCCCUCUACCGACUAAAGGUGCGGGUGCAGUCUACAAGCUCACCCAUACAGACACCACACAUAAGACCAAAAUGGCAGACUGCGUUCCGGUGAAAUUUGCCCUGAGAGGUAAAACAAGCGGAGACGUGGUUGUUCUGGGAUCCUGGGAUGGCUGGAGACAGCCUAUCAAACUGGAGAAGAGCACAGAAACGCUUGAGGACAGUACGUGGAUCAACUUGCCCAGCGGCUACUAUGAGUACAAAUUCAAGAUCAACGAUUCCUGGAUCCACGACAAGACUAAGCCAACGGUGCUGAACAAGUUCAAGACGUUAAACAACUUUGUCAACGUUGUGAAGAGACCUGACAUCGUCAUCAGUGAUACAGGUGACCAGGCUAAAAAGACUGUUAUUGACAAGCCUGCCAACAUUACAGACAGUCAAGAAAAACAAGAAUCUUCACAGGAUGCAAAUGAGCCUUUGAUUCCAAACGUAGACAUAGCUGGCUCAACUGAUCAACAAGAAGGCAACGCAGAUCAUGUUCACAAAGUAGACACCGAUGAAGGCAUAGAUGGUAAAGUUGAACCACAGAUAGAAGAUGUGGUCGACGUGCCACAAGAAAGCCUUGUACAUGUAGAACCUGUCUCUUAUGUAGACAUAAAACCUUCUGAGUCAUGUCAGCAAAAUAUCGAAGAAAAAGAAGUAAAUCUUCAGGAAGAACCACCUGAGAAUCUGGACAAAUCUAAACAGAAGGACGAAGAAGGGAAAAAUGUCGUCCAAGAUACGACCGAGCCUGAAGGUGACAGUCAGCAUCGAACGUCAAUUUCAACAAGAAGUAGCUGAUUAUCUUAAAAAAGACGAAAACCUAGCAUUAGAGAAAUCUAUUCCUGAAGGAACAACCCUUCAGGAAGGCGAUGUCAGCAAGGUUGUUCAAGACAACACCGAGAAUGUAGAAGUCUUGAAGGAAACAACACCAGACGAAGAUACAGUUGGA